CGCUCUGAAGCAGACUACUCAUCGCCAACUAACCUGCAUGGAGUUCUAAUCUGCACAACGAAACAAUUUAUGGUUGGCCUUGGCAGUCCCCCAGUUGUAGUUGUCCGCCCGCCCCCCUGCCAUGCUGGCCUGCCUGCAGAGGAGGCAGAACCCUCCAAUCCCAUCCUCCCAGUACCCCUUGUGCGUCAGCAAGGCCCUGGAGCCACCUCAAGCUCUCAGCCGAAAAUGUGAGCUGGUGGUUCCCAUGCAUUCUCCCCGCUACCCCAGCGUGGCUGAGCUGGAUGCCUUCGCCCAGAAGACGCAGAGCAGCCCACUCUCCAUCAAGAUCUUCCCCACCAACAUCAGGGUCCCCCAGCACAAGCACCUUAACCGGACUGUGAAUGGCUUUGACACCACAGGUAGCCAGCGCUACAGCCCCUACCCACACCUCCACACCGGCGGCUACACAGGACUCCUGGCCAUUGUCAAUGCCUCCUCCCCCUCCCCCUUCGGCCCCACUAAGGGCAUCAUCAAGAACUCGGAAGGCAGACGGACUAAGCUCUCCCCAGCCCAAAUAGCUGUGGCCCCGUACCCGCCCCCUAGCAGUAGCACUUUAGCCAAUGGCCACGGCCAGAUGGUGUACCACACGGGGUCCUCGAAGCCCCCUGAAGCACCUGCCCUCUCCCGCUCGGUGCCCCCUAACGUCACUGUGGCCGGCUCUAUGAUCCCCGUGACAGGGGGGCGAGGCCUGGCCCAGCCCCUCUCCCAGUCCAAUCUUCCCUCCAUCCAGAGCAUCAUCUAUCAGAUAAACCAGCACUGCCAGGCCCAGGCUCUGCAGCAAGUGUGCCAGGGGGCCACCUCCUCCACCGCACCUUCCACCAACCCCAGCCCCUCCAAGCAGGGUGCGGGGGGUGUCAUGGGCAUCUCCUCUGGCUCCUCAGGGGGCGGCUAUGUGGGCAGCAUUGCGCCCCAGCCUAACCUGGUGUACACAGGAGCGGGGCUGCCGCUGGCGGCCCACAGUGGCGAGGCCAUGAAGGCCGGGGUGUACUCGGACAGUAUGGACUACAUCCUGUGGCAGAAACAGCAGCAGCAACAACAACAGGCUGUGCUUCGCAUGUACAGUGGGGGCAGUGGGGGAGGAGGGGCCAUCAGUAAGUCCCCUGAAAGCUGUGGUGCCCCGGGGGGAGGGGGGAUUAUGGCCAAGGCCCAGGUGUUGUCGUCGUCGUCCUCCUCCUCCUCCUCCAGACCCUACCACCUGACGGGAGGCGUUGGCAGCGGGGGGUGCCUGGACAAGGUCAGCUCCUCCCCUCUGAACUGCAUGGGGAUGCAUGGCAACUUCUCUGUGGGCCAGUACUUUGCCCCGCCCUGGAACAGCGUGCUGGUCACCCCUGACAGUGACUGUUACAACCCCCACCAGGAGCUCCUGAGGACCACCACAGGAGGACCAGCUACGGGGGGCCACAGGGAGAUGGGCUACCACCACCACCCCCACCACCAUCACCACUACCCCGCCAUGGACAGCGGGAGUGGGGGAGGCCUCUGCUGCAGCCUGCCCAGUAAGAGCCAGCUGUGCAACACAUCGGUGCUGAGCAGCAGCCUGCAGUCUCUGGAGUACCUGGUCAACGACAUCCACCCACCCUGCAUUAAAGAGCAGAUGCUGGGCAAAGGCUACGAGACUGUGUCGGUGCCAAGGCUGUUGGACCACCAGCAUGCCCACAUCCGCCUCCCGAUUUACAGAUAGAGUGGGGGAUAAGAGCGCAAGUGCCAGAGCUCAAGAAUUAAUGAAUGAUGCAAAAUCUGGAUUAAAGGUGAGGGACAGAGAAGAUCUUGACUUCCUGGGGAUGUACAAGUCUGUUGAGACUGGCACUGCUUGAAGCAGCUCGGGGGCUCCAGGGAGGGAAGCGAUGGCGUUAGACUGGAUCCUGUGUUGGAUGACAGGCUGGGGGGGUUCUCCCUCUUAGCCCAGAGUGGUUAUUUAUCAGUGGGGGAGAAAAUGGAUUUCAGUGGUUUUGGUUUUUAGAAGAUUCUCCAGAUGUUCCGUGGUUUAGUUUGCCAACUGGAAUUUGGGGCUGUUUUUUUUUUCUUGUUUUGUUGUUGAGUUGACUAAACUUUUUCCUGAGAAUCAUAGCUUGAUAUGAAGUGCAUACAGCCACCUCUGUUCCCCCAUCCAAAUAGAAAGCCAGUGGGGUGCUGUAGUCACAUAGAAGGACCCAAAGGGCCAAGGUGUAGGGCUGCUUUCUAAACUCCAAAAGAAUAGGCACACACAUACAAACACACACACACACAUACAUUUGCAUGCACACACGCACACAAACACACACAGAAACACGC